AUGGACAAACCGGUCGGCAAAGCGCCUUCCUUCGCAGGAUCAUGGACUAAGCUCAACCCGCCCCUGUCGCCAUGGAUCUCGAAUGAGAUUACAAAGAUGGGCUUUACCAAGAUGACUCCGGUUCAGGCCGGAACCAUUCCCCGAGCCAUCAAGAACCAAGACUGCGUAGUUGAGGCCGUCACUGGAUCCGGCAAGACUUUGUCGUUCGUGAUCCCUGUCCUCGAGAGGCUCUCGAAACGAGACUACUCUGUGAAGAGGGGAGAGGUGGCUGCCAUCGUGAUUGCCCCGACAAGAGAGCUGGCUCAUCAGAUCAACGCCGUCUUCAACCAAUUCCUCUCAGCACUGGUUCCACCAGAGCCAGAAGUCGAUGAGAAUGGUGAACCCAUCCCCGUCGCUUCCUCAUCUCGAUCGCCCUCCCCCGAACCAUACGAGAAACCCCAAAUACCCCUCUCAAUGUUGAUCACGUCCGGUACCCCUACACCUUACGAGACAUUCCAGGCCACCAGCCCUGCCAUUCUCGUCGGCACGCCCGGGCGACUGGCUUCGUUCCUCCUCAACCCAAGAGGCCUUUCCCUGGUGAAAGUGUCCGACUUUGAUGUCCUUGUGUUGGACGAGGCGGAUAGGCUGCUAUCGAGUCCUGACCACAGGAGAGACGUGGAGCGAAUCAUGAAGCACUUGCCAAAGCAACGCAGGACGCAUCUCUUUUCGGCUACGAUGACGGAUGCUGUUGAGGACAUGAUUGGAUUGGGGCUAAGGAACCCUGUGAGAAUCGUGGUCAACUUGAAGGAAAAGAAACAAGCUGGACAAGAGCAGAAGGAACGGAGGACGCCCAUGGCUCUCCAAAACACCUACCUCACAUGCCGCAAUGCGGAAAAGACCUUGCAGCUCAUCCGUCUCCUUCAAUCCGAAUCCCGCGCUCCCUUCGAGGCAUCCAAAUACAUUGUCUACUUCUCUACCUGUGCCGCCGUCGACUACUUUUAUCGUGUCCUCUCUCGCCUACCCCGUCUCUCCAAAUUUCACCUCACAUCCCUCCACGGCGACCUACCUCCAAAGAUCCGGGAAACCGCUCUCGAAACAUUCACCACACAUCCCAGCUCAUGCCUCAACCCGUCUGUACUUCUUUGUACGGAUGUGGCUGCGAGAGGUGUAGACUUUAACGAUAUCGAUGUUGUCAUCCAAUAUGACCCACCGACGGACCCAAAAACUUUUAGUCAUAGAGCUGGCCGAACUGCGAGAGCGGGGAGGAAAGGAAAGGCUGUAGUACUGCUCGCAAAGGGCAGAGAAGAGGACUAUGUCGGUUUCCUCGAAACUCGCAAGAUCCCCUUGACUGAGCACGCCUACGUCUCUGCCGACCUCGAGCCUGUCCCUAUGCCCUCUACUCUCGACUCGGCAGCUGUCGAUUUGAUGACGGAGAUCCGCAAAAUCAUCUUGACCGACCGCGAGCUGGCAGACAAGGGCGCCAAAACGUUUGUCUCUGCCUACCGGGCUUAUUCGAAACAUGAGGCUUCGUUCAUAUUUCGGACGGCCGACCUUGACUUUCACCAGCAGGGUAUCGCGUAUGGUCUGUUGAGGCUGCCGGCGAUGCCAGAGAUCAAAGACUGGAGGAAGAAGAGAGAGGGAGAGAAGAAGAAGAUCGCCGAGUGGAAGGAAGAAGGGAAGGAUGUCGAGGAGAAGGAGGAUAUUCCCUGGGAAGACGAGGACGUCAAUUGGGACACGUUCGGCUACACGUCCAAACAGCGCGAACAAGCACGCCUGACCACUCUCGCUCAAAAAGCCGCUGCCAAAACCUCUGUUUCCGCUCUUGCCGUAAAGGCAGAAGCCCGCGCCAAGCGCAAGAUUAAAGCCGAGAUGCGCGAGGCGUGGUCUGACAAGAAAGACAGAAAGGCCAAAAAGGAAGAGAGGCAUGACAAGAGGGACAAGAGGAAGCAGGCAGAGUGGGAGAAGGAGCAGGCUGAAGGGGAAGGAGAGGGGCAACAGGGUGAUCUGGAGAGAAUCAUUAGGAUGAAGGAGAGAGAAGCGAGGGAGGCAAAGAGGAGAAAGUUGGAAGAGGAGGAGGAUGAUAGCGCAGACGAAGCCAUGGGCAAGGAGUAUCAAAGUCUGAAGAGAGAGGUGAAGGAGGAGAGAAAGUCCAGGAAGGCCAACAAGGGCGGGGAGGCUGUAUCCACUGGUGGAAUGUUUGAUGACCUCGAAUAG